AUGUCGAGCUCGGUCGAGAAGUCGGUCAAAGGCGGCACCAAGGUCAAGGUACUCAACGCUACUGCACCUACCCACCGUUCAUGUUCGCUGAUGGUCCUCGAUGAUAGNCUUGCGCCGCCCAAGUCCAAAUAUGUCGAACACAUCCUCCUGGCCACAUCUGGCGGCGAGGCCGGAGUCGCCGAGAUCUUCCGUACAUUGAAAGAGCGUCUACGCGACACGACCUGGACAAUCUGCUUCAAGGCCCUGAUCAUUGUACAUCUGAUGAUCAAAGAAGGAGAGCGCGAUGCGACUCUCAAGUACCUGGCCGCCGCGCCCAAGAAUCGCCUGGCUAUCAACAGCUAUACCGAUGGUACGCUUCCUCUUCACCCUAUAGUCCCAUACGUAAGCCCUGACACGGUCAAACANGUCCAGACACAGGGUCAGAACAUCCGCAGAUACUCCAACUACCUCAUCCAGCGUGCCGAGUCUUUCGCCGACGCGCACGUUGACCACAUUCGCAAUCCUGGUCGCAUGAAGACCCUCUCCAUUGCCAAGGGUCUGUUGCGAGAAACAGAAGCAAUCCAGGACCAGAUCAGAGUUCUGAUCAAAUGCGACGUUCGUACUACGCCCAACACUCAAUUCCUCAGUCUAACGUUUUACAGNCCUCUCGAGAACGAGCCAGAGAAUGACAUUUCGCUAAUGGCGUUCCGCCUGCUCACCAAAGACCUGCUCGACCUGUUCACAGCCAUGAACGAGGCCGUCAUGAGCAUCUUGAGUCAGUACUUUGACGUCUCAACUCUGCUUCAGAACUCUGACACGCAAUUGCACAGGNNCCACUACUUCGAACUCUCAAAACCAGACGCUGAACACGCCAUCGGUAUCUACAAAACCUUCGCAAAGCAGACAGACCAAGUCGUCCAAUACCUCAGCAUUGCCAGACAAUACGAACACAUCACCAAGCUGGAGAUUCCUAAGAUCAAGCACGCCCCUACGAGUUUAGCCAAUUCACUGCAAGAGUACAUCGACGAUCACGACUUCGAGACGAACAGACGCCAAUAUCUAGCCGAGCAGCAAGCAAAGUCUGGCAAACCCAUCAAAUCUUCAAGAUCAGUCACCUUCGCUGAAGCUGAGCCAAAACAAGAAAAGGCCGCACCCGCCGCUUCUCAACCACCUGCCAAAGGCCCAGCUCCUGACCUCAUCGACUUCUUUGGCUCAAUCGAAGACCAGCAACAGCCCAUGGCUCAGAGUUCUACUCAGCAAUAUGCGCAGCCAACCGGGCAGCCAUUCCCCCAGAUGUAUGGUCAACCAACAGCAGAUCCUGCCUUCCAGACAGUCCAAUCGACAAAUCCGUUUGGCGCACCUCAGAACUCGCAAUUCAUGGCGCCGCCUACUGCUCAGCUUCAACCGCAAUUCACAGGNGCUGGAUUUGGUGGUUAUGGUCCCCAACCACAGCAACAGGUCCAACCACAACAGACUGGCUUCUCCUCGAAUCCUUUCCAGUCCGCUGUGCAGCAACCUCUCCAGAGUCCGCCACCUCAACAACAGCCACAGCAACAAUCCUUCAUGCCACAAGACCCCUUCUCGGUGCAACAGCAGCAGCAAGAUGCUUUCGCUGUGCAACAACAACAACCUCAAAUGCAAUCACCACCACAACAAAUCCAGCCGCAAGCGACUAAUCCCUUCCGUCAAUCAAUGAUGCCUACUGGUCAGAUCAACGGUUUCAUGCAAUCGCAACAGACUGCUCAGCCUCAGCAGCGUCAAUCGAGUAACCCGUUCGCAAGGCAGGCACCCCAACAAGAGUCUAUGCAGACCGGCUUCCAACAACAGCAGCCAUUGCAAGCACAGCCAACAGGAACAAAUCCUUUCGCGAAGCCGUCGCCUCAGAUAUCUCAGCCAACAGGACAGUCGGCAUCAUUCCUCACUCCUGCCGCCACUGGAAGUACGAAUCCAUUCAGACAGUCUAUGUUUGUGAACCAGCAGACUGGUCAAGGCUGGCAGAACACCCCACAAGCAAGCAUGGGAGGAUGGGAGCAAUUGAACACCGUUCCUGUCUUCCCUCGACCUGGACAAUAG